AGAUAAACAAAGAAGAAUGGGGCACAAAAUUAGCAUGUAAAUAAAUCAUCAACCAAAAAAAAAAAAAAAGAGGCCCCAUCUUUCACACCGUGGAACCGACCCAGUUUUCUCUCACGCUCUGUAUUUGUCCUCUUCCUUCAAUAUUAUAGUGCCGCAUCCUCACAGAGUCCACUAGAUCCAGUGCGUGUUGUGCGUGUGUGAGUGGAGGAGCGAGCGAAGCCAUGAGCAAGCCUCACCGGCCGUCCGGCCGCACCAACCUUGCCUCUUGUAUAGUGGCCACCAUCUUCUUGAUCUUCCUGGUCAUGGUCGUCCUCAUUGUUUACUUCAUGGUGUUUAAACCUCAGGAUCCAAAGAUUUCUGUCAGCGCCAUCCAGCUUCCGUCUUUCUCCGUCACUAACGCCUCCGUCAAUUUCACCUUCUCACAAUACGCCUCCGUCCGAAAUCCCAACCGAGCGGCCUUUUCCCACUACGAUAGCUCCCUCCAGCUUCUCUACGCCGGCAACCAAAUCGGCUUCAUGUUCAUUCCUGCCGGCAAGAUCGAAUCCGGAAGAACCAUCUUCAUGGCCGCCUCGUUCGCCGUCCAGUCUUUUCCCCUCUCCACUCCGUCCAGCAUGGGCUUCUCGACUCUGCCGCCGGGGCUUACCGGGCCGAGGAUCGGGCCCACCAUGGAGAUCGAAUCGAGGAUGGAGAUGGCCGGACGAGUGAAGGUGCUGCACUUUUUCAGCCAUCACGUGGAAGCUAAAGCCGAUUGUAGGGUUGCCGUCGCUCUCAGCGAUGGAUCUGUGUUAGGUUUCCACUGCUAAUUCUUUCUCUUUUUCAGUUCUGGUAACUUUUAGUUUUAGCUCUUUUAAUUCUUAGUCUUUGGGCGAAAAUUGCCUAUUUGGUGUCUCUCAGGUGUAUAAUGAGAGGGAAGGGCAUGAAAUUGUAAAAAUUAUAUAUAUUUUUUAACUCAUUUCGUCGGCGCUCUUGGCUCGCCUGAGUGUUCGUUGAAAUGUGGGUAUUGUGGGAAUGUGAGUUGAAGUAACCAAUCUAAGUUUGUGUAAAUCUGAGAAAUUUGGUGGGCUUUGAAGGCAGUGAGAAAUUUGGUAGGCUUUGAAGGCAAUAGGGUCGUAGGUAAAGGUCACUUUCGGGUCUCAAUGUAAGGAGAAGUAAUAUUUUCUUUUGUUUUUUUUUUUUGGUGGGUGGGGGGGUGAAUAAAAGGAGUAGAUUUAUGGGGAGGAUGGAAGCUUUUUGGCAGAUGGAGGUAAUGAGAGGGCCAAUCGCAUUGCCGGUAAUUGGAAAUGGAGGCCCAGGGACUUGAGUUUUGGAGUGGGAGUGGUUAGUGUAAAAAUGGCUGAAGGAAAUCAAAGAACGGGAAUUGCGGCAUUUUCUAGGGGACAUGAUUCCAUAGAUGAGCUGGCAUGUUGAACCAAGGACCCAACAGAUGUACGCUGCUUUACUAGUCUUCUGCUCAUGGUGUUCUUGUUAUUCGUGUCGUUUACUAUUCAAACAGAGUAAUUGUGUGAAUUAAUAUUAUAAUUUUUAGCUUUUAA